GGAUUUAGGAGAGCAUGAUUUAGACAUCGCGUUACAACAAAACUUCGCAGCUGCAUUCAUUGUUGCUAUGUGAUACAAUGAAUUCAUUAAAGCAUGAACACCGAUUACUGAUCGAUGAACUAACGGAAGCAAUCUAUGAUGCCUUAGAUUCUGAUGAUAUCUUUAAUAUCGUUUUCGCAUUUGUAGAAAGCAAAUAUCAAGCUGAAUUAAAAGAUGUAAAUAAUCCUAAACUUAGACUUCAUAUAAUCCAGCAAAGAUUUUCUUUGGCUUUGGAAGAAUGCGGUUUGAUCGAUGAAAUAAUCGAAAGUUUUCCAGAACUUAAUCUGAACGCACGCUUGGAUGAGCUUAAAAAGGAGCAAUCAACUUUACAAAGUAAUAUAUUGGAAUUGAAUGGGAAGAUUGAUGCCAUAGUUGAUGAAAUGACAAGACUCCAGAUAAAUUCUUUCGGUCGCGUUCUGCGUUUAUUUGAUAAUCGUGUAAUUGAUUUAGCCAAGGACGAGGAAGAAAUUGUUGUUAUUGAGAAACCGAAUAAUCGAGUUCUGGAAUCAACCAUAAAUCACUCCAGUGCUCCUGUUUGGAGAACAUUGCAGCCGUCAGAGUUACUACUUGGGUUACAACUCACACCAUCUCAACCAGUCUUAUACCGUAAAACACAGCAUACAUGGUUUCCGGGUCGUGUGUUAUCAUGUCAUUUGCCUAGUUCAGAUCCCUCUACACCUAAAUCAGAUAAGGAUCGGGCUAAAGAGAAUGAAAAUGCUCAGUACACUAUUGCUUUGGACACAUCUUCAAAGUCAAAAUCAGAGAUUUGUUUUGCCGUAACUUCAUCGUUGGCGCUAGCUUUUUCUGCAUCCGAACUAAAACAGAAGUAUCCAGUCGGUGCCCGUGUCGUUUCAAUAUAUCGAGAUGAUACCGGUGGAAUCGGUUAUUAUUCCGGUUUGAUUGCUGAACCUCCAAGUGAACGAAAUAAUCAGAGGUAUUUAUUAUUCUUUGAUGAUGGUUAUACGCAAUAUUCACCACCGAAUGAAAUUUAUCGCAUAUGUCAUCAAUCGAAAGAAAAUUGGAAAGAAGCCACUGAAUCAUCUCAAGAAUUCAUUAAACGUUAUUUGGCUCAGUAUCCUCAGCGUCCCAUGGUUAGGCUGAAACCUGGACAGAUUGUUGAAACUGAAUUGGAUGGUGAUUGGAUGAAGGCAACUGUCGAGAAAGUUGAUGCAAGUUUAGCUCUUAUGAAGUUCUCUAGAACCCAUUCUGAAUGGAUUUAUCGUGGCUCCACGCGCCUGGAACCACUUUUCAGUGAUUUGCUUACUAGUCAAAGUAAGAGUGUACCAACUCAUAAUCAACGAGUAGAAGUUGAGUAUAGUAGUGUGGAUGUUCCAUUAGACUCAAGUGCUAAACGUCGUAAAGCUCGUAAGUCGGCUACAGGCAAUCAAAAUACUGUUGUACCAGUCCGUGCAUUGUCUAAUGGUGAUUCGCACAAAAUUAGUAAUAGUAUUCAUCAAACUAAUAAAUCAUUAAAUUAUAAUGAUGAAGCAUUAAAAACUAUUUCUAAAAAGAGUUCUGAAAAAUUUAUUAAUGAACAAUGUCUAAGUAUGGAUCCAAUUACUAAUUUGUCUGAAUUGGAAUCAACUGGUACCAAAACAAGUUAUUUAGAUAAUUUAUUCAAAGAAUUCAAUUAUAAACCAUUCGAGACGCAUAAGUGUGGGAAUCAUUGUUUGAAAAGUUACAGAAAACCAUCUAGCUCACUGUCUCCAAUUUUGUGCUCAGAAAAUCCUAUGGAUUACAAAGGUUUGAAUCCACUGGAAAUUCCAUUCCGUUGCGGUUGGUUGAGAUAUCUAGCAAAAUAUGAUCCACCAGUCAAUAACAAAUGUAAUAUUAUAUAUAGUGCGCCAUGUGGUCGUUCAUUGAGAUCAAUGCAUGAAGUAGAACGAUUCUUAGACAAAACUAAUAGUCAGUUGACUGCGGAUCUAUUCUCGUUCGAUUCUACGCUGAUAAUUAAUCAAGAAUUUCGUGCAGAAAAAACACUUACCAAUAUUGUGGAUUUGUCAUAUGGUAAAGAAAAUGUUCCAAUUCCUUGUGUAAAUAGUGUAGAUAAUGAAGUCCCUGGCUAUAUUGAUUAUACUCCUCAAAGACAACCUAUUGGUAAUGUACCCUUAUUGAAAGAUUCUAAAUUUCUUGUUUGUUGCGAUUGUACGGAUAAUUGCCGUGAUCGAACUAAGUGCGCAUGUCAGCAGUUGACUAUUGAAGCCAGUUCUUUAACAAAUCCAAAUGGUUUGGUGGACAGUCAAGCUGGUUAUCGCUAUCGUCGGUUGUCACAAUUUACUGUUGGUGGAGUGUAUGAAUGUAAUUCGAAUUGUCAAUGUGAUCGUCGAUGUAGCAAUCGAGUGGUCCAACAAGGAUUGUGGGUUAAACUUCAAGUGUUCAAAACUGCUCGCAAGGGUUGGGGUAUCCGUGCUUUAAAUGCAAUUCCCAAAGGUACAUUUAUAUGUACUUAUGCAGGAGCUAUUUAUGAUGAAGCCAUGGCUGUUCAGGAAGGCUUUGAUUGUGGCGAUGAAUAUCAAGCUGAAUUAGAUUACAUUGAAACAGUUGAAAAAGAUAAAGAAGGUUAUGAGUCUACGGUUGAAGAUUUAAGUGAAAUACUAAAUGAGACAACAAUUGCUCUAAGUGAUACCAAAAAAUUUACUGAUGAAAAUAAAGUGUCACACAUUUCUACUGUAACUGAUCAACGAGUUCAUUCUUCUCGUAGCAACAGUACUACCACGAGCAAUAAUACACCUAUCGAUAAUGAUAAGGAUGAAUCUGAAUCGGAUAAUAGGCGAAAUACAAGCAGUGCAACUUCACCUGUAUCUGAAUCAACAGCCAUUGAUGUUGACGAGAAUGAUGACGAUGAUGUUGAUAAUAAUUAUGAUGAUAAGACAAGUCGAAGCAGUGAAAUAAGCAGUAAUUCGUCUAGUCGUAAUGCACUAAAUUCAACAAAACCAUUAUUGUUGAAUAGAAAUUACGACAGUAGUGAGUCGUGUUUGAAUACAGAUAAUGAUUUAACACAGACUAGUGUUCAACAGACUCAUAAUUCUGUUAGUGUUCGUAUUAAGAAGAAGAAACACAAAAAGGAGGAGAAAAGGAAACCGAAAAAAAGAAUUUCAUUACCUCCAAUAUAUCCAAAACUUACCGAAAACCCUACUAGUAAAAUAUCAGAUAAAUAUAUUCAGAAUAUUUCUUCAACGUUAAACACUAAAGAAAUGCAUAAUGAUAUCAUGAAUGAUUCACCGGAACGCCCUAGAACAAAGCACAACUCACCUCUACCAUAUAUCUCUGGUGAUUUAGAACAGACAAGUAGCCUAAUAACCUAUUCUGAUGUACAGUGUGGAGAUACCAAUCAAGUUAUCCCGUCAUCUGUUGACCUAUGUGGUGAAAUAAUGGACUCGUCUAAUUUGUCACAUGUUGUCUAUAGUGAAGCUGGCAAAACUGAAAAUAAUUUAUCAGAUAACACAAUAUCUAGUAUUCAAAGUCAAUCUAAAAAUCCUAAAGUGAAUAUAAUUUUUAAUGGAAAUAACAAUGAACAAAUUGCAUCGAUUAGAUCUCGGUGCACUGUACAAGAUGUGAUUCAAGAAAUAUCUGAAACUAUUAUUCCAACAAAAAAUAGCCUGGAAAAACCAAAAACUAUUGAAUUGUCAAACAUUUCAAAUCAGUCAUCACAUUCCAGUUUAAAUGAUACUCAGUCAAAGGCUUUAGUUAGUAAAACUCAAAAGAAAAUGAAAAAAAUUGAAUCGUCUAAGCAUUACAAACCGAUAAAACCGAAAGUUCAAGUUAAUUUAUACCCUGUUGUUGAAAAAGAAGAUACAUCGAUUUCACAUUUUCAUUCUAUGUUUAGUAAAAUUAGUAAACAUUCAAACCAAGUAAAAUUGAAAAAUAAAUCCAUAAAAUCUAGAUCAAAGUCAUUAUCAACCAACUCUUCGGCUAAUGAAUUAUAUAAGAGUGAAUUUAAAAAAAUUUGGGCGAAUCGAGCAGCCAGUUUACCCCGUAGUUUUCGAUUAUUACUUAAUGCUAGACAAUUAUUACGUGAAUCGGAUUUCAGUCGUAUACCAGUAGUACACUUAUGUCGUUUAGAAAAUGACAUUAAACAAGAAGACCAUGAUAUAGAAAUGAAAAACGUUAUAAUCAAUAGUGAUGAUACAAAGUCUUCAAAUGAUGAUUCAAAGCCUAAAUUUGAAUUACCAGUUGAAGUAAAGGAAGACGUUAAAAAUGAACAUUGUGAUAGUUCAACAAAUACUGUUGAUUCAAAGAAGGAUCUUAAAAUUUCAAAAGUUGACACUUUAGAAAAUGAUUCCCAGUUAGAAACAAUUGGUGAUACAUCGAAAGUCACUUCAGUAUCUGCGAAUUCACCAUCAUAUAAGCAUCAAGGUAGCCUUAAAUUAAGACUUCGACGUGUCCGUUCAACAAGUUCAUUUAAAGCUGUACGUCCCUCUACCCCACCAAUAAGCAAGGAAAUUUCAAAAUCUGGAAAAAGUUUGUCUGAAAUGUAAGUUAAAUGAAUAGCGUAACAUUAGUAAAUACGAUUUUUAUAAAUGACAAAUUAAUCAUUAUUUUGCCUUAAAAUCUUUAAAAAAAAUUUGUUGAUUUUACAUAUUGGGUAACACUACAAACUGGAACAUAUAUCUCAAUUUAUUCAAAACUCAUCAGCCUCAUGGAUCUAAAUGAUAUUCUUAUGAUGUUUUCAUUUCAUUUGGAACCUACUACUUAUGGUCUAAUAUUCUCGAGUUACAUUACUAGUCUUUUUUCUUCAGCACAUAUUCUUUUUUCCAUAGGCUUUUCUUAUUCAAUGAAUCAAUCAAAAAGGAAUACUUUAAUGUGGGAUUCAUCAAAACAUUUUUGUUUCUUACUAUUCAAGUGUUUUGAUUUAAAGUAGAUCAUUUCAUUAUAAUUGUCAAUACAGAGAAAUGAUGAGAAGAACAAUCAAGUUGCUAGAGAAUUACGCAGACGUGAUAAAAGUAAGUUUAUGUUUAUAUUUUUGAUCAAAUAAUUCCCUUGUUUCUUCGUGAAAUGAUAUUGUUAGUGGUCAUUCAAGGUGUAUAUUGUUUGGAUUUUUGGGAAGAAAAACUAAUAAGUACACGAUUCUAAUAUAUUAUUUGUAGAUUAUCAUUUUAUUUGGUUUGUGUAGCGAUAAGUCUUCAAAAUGAACGCUUGAUUCGAUUUCCUAACUGCUUCUAGUAACUCCAUACUGAACGUACACGGCAACUUAGACACAAAAGAAAAGAUGUGAUGUUCAAAAUCAGAGACUGAUGAUCAGGAUUUAUUUGACUUCCAAAAUAAAUCUAAUUGAUUUAAAAAUACAUCACAUUUUAUAUGAUUUAUUUACAGUUAGAUUAACAGUCAGAUUUCUAUAAAAUAAAUUGAGUUAUAUUUAACGAUAAUAAUUCAAUAAGUUACUGUGUAACUACAUAUUUGCAACAUUAUAUAAUUAUGCAUCUAUAAUCCUUCUUAAGAUAUGAUGAAUACGUGUCACACGAUUGGUAACAAAUCAGUUUGAUAUGUCAUUCCCAUUGAUUUAAGCUAUUACUCGCCAUAUCAUGUAGCCAUCACCAUUUGAAAGAACUCAUAUGUGAUCAUCGAGUUAAGUUAAUUAAAAUCAAUUAGUUAUCGUUACAUUUAAAAGCUUGCUCAUUUGCUAAUGAGGCGGAUUUUUCAUCUUCAGUUCAACGUUCAGCUAGUUUAGAACCUGAAAUCAAGGAUAGAAAACCACUAGAACGUUCAAAAUCACAUCGGAAAGACAGUGAAAGACAACAUCGUCGCCAACACCAUCAUCAUCACCAUCACCAUAGAAAUCAUCGACAGCAACAGUUACAACAACUAUCACAGUCUCAUCAACAAAAUCAACAACAAACUAAACGUAUGUAUCCUGUUGCUCAAAAAGACUGGCUACGAGCAAGAACAUAUUUUAAUGAUAUCAAUCCAUAUAUUAUGGAUGCUAAGAAAAUGGGAAAUCUUGGACGCUAUUUUAACCAUUCAUGCAAUCCAAAUGUAUUUGUUCAAAAUGUAUUCAUUGAUACACAUGAUCCUCGAUUUCCUGAAGUUGCUUUCUUUGCAAAACGGAAUAUAGACGUUGGAGAAGAAAUGACUUGGGACUAUGGAUAUACUGUUGAUGCAGUACCAUUUAAAGUGCUCUACUGUUAUUGUGGUGAACCUAACUGUCGAAUAAGACUCUUGUAAUACAUUGUACAGCUAAAUCAAACUUUGUGUUUUUAUCAUGUAUUCAAAUUAUCAGAGAAUAGGUUUUCCUGAUUAUUUUUGUAUCUAUACAGUUUAUCUAUGUAAACAAUAAAGUUUUAUCU